AUGGAUGACUUUCGGGCUCUUCCUCCCGUCGCCAGGACACUUACUGCACUCACAUUUAUUGAGUCGGCAUUAGUUCACAGUCAAACCCUCAGCUACUAUUUUGUCCCCUUUAUUCCUCGACUUCUUUUGAAUUUUUGUCCCGAGAUAUGGAGGUUGUGCACUCCGUAUCUCUUGACAGAUCCAAAGCUGAAUUUUGUGUUUGACCUUUAUUUCAUGUACACAUAUUCCAGCAGACUUGAAUUUGGCUCGCCUCGAUUCAGAAAUCCUGGAAGCUUUUUCGUCUAUGUGCUUUUCAUUGCGUCUGUUAUCAUGCUUACCGCAGGUUUUUACUUGGGAGCCGGGGUAUUCACGCAGGCCUUGAUCCUGGCAUUCGCCUACACGUACUCUCAGGAUAACAAGGGUACUAGAACCAUGUUCUUCGUAGUCGAGAUACCCACCUUAUUUCUGCCUUGGGCGAGGCUUGCCCUAACUUUCGUUAUGAAGGGGUGGUAUCCCGCGUCUAUUGAAUUCACUGGAAUAGUGGCCGCCCACUUGUAUGACUUUGUGACCCGCAUAUAUCCAACUUUUGGUGGAGGGAAGAAUUAUAUUGUCACACCAGCAUUCAUUCAAAGGUGGUUUACCGGGUCGUUGCGAGGAGGCCAGGAACGCGUGUACGGUCAAGCCUACCGGCCUCCGAACGAAGGAGAGAAUGGUCCCCGGGGUUGGGCGUCGUCUGUCCGAACUGUCUGGGAUAGCAGAGGCUCAGGUCGCAGACUCGGUGGAAAUUAG